AUGCCUCCCUGGUUUCGGAAAGGCGUCGACCCUGGCACAAUUAUCAGCCUCGACAAGCCCGUCCCUUCAAGAUGGAAAAUUGUCGAGAAGCUGAGUGAGAAUGACCGGCAACUUACCGAAGCUGAGUAUCGCCGUGGUGAACGCCUUUCUCUCGCUGUCACCAAGCUCCUAUGUUGUGACCCAAAGCACCCUAAAAACCUUGCCUUUAUGCGAAUCUAUCUCCAGGUUCCUUACAGUGGUACUGAGAUAGAUAACGCGGAUACAAGAGCUAAACAGGCUAUCACACACAUCCCGAGAGAGCUACUCGCCUACCAGGACCUUACUGCCCAAGACUUAGGUUUUACCCCGAAGCUCCUCGGAUACAAAAUCUCAACACAGGAUAAGUCGGGGCCAGUUCCGGGAGGAUUCGCGGUCUGGUUAGUAUGGGAGAAAGUGCCAGGAGUACGCCUCGGUAAUAUGGAUGGGUCGAACGAGUUCUGGGCCUUACAAUAUCCCGAGAGAGAGGAAAUCCGGCAAUGCUUCGUGAAAAAUAUCCAGGCGAUCCAGGCAAUCGGGUAUUUCCCUGAUAACGUCGGGCUUACUAGCCUGGUAUGGAAUAAAGAUUCAAGAACCCUUUACUUUAUCGGAUUUCGCCUCCGCUGCACCAUAACCAAGACCCAAACCCCACCUCCGGCUCUUGACAUAACCAAACAAUUGGCAUUUUUCGAGCUCGUCGAGCCGAACUCUCAUGCAUGGCUCAAAGAGGGAUGGGACCGGGAUACCACAAAAUGGAAAUGGUAG